AAUUUUCACUAUUAUUACCACACGUUUAAUAGGGACUCAAUCAUCGCGUGUAUAGUGAGUAGCGGAACGUCACUAUUCUCGGGAUUUGUCAUAUUCUCAGUGUUGGGACACAUGGCCCACAUCCAGGGCAAGGGUGUGGGCGAUGUGGCCAAAUCGGGACCGGGGCUGGCCUUUCUGGCCUAUCCCGAAGUGGUCACUCAACUCCCAAUAUCGCCCCUCUGGUCCAUACUAUUCUUCCUGAUGCUACUCAUACUGGGUAUCGACAGCCAGUUUUGCACUGUUGAAGCCUUUGUCACCGGCAUUGUGGACGAGUGGCCCCGCUAUCUGCGCCCCCGGAGGCGACUGUUCACGCUGACCGUGGUCAUUGUUCAGUUUUGUCUGGGUGUGCCGCUGAUCAUGGGCGGCGGAAUGUACGUGUUUCAGCUCAUGGACUUUUUCUCGGCCAGCGGAUUCUCACUGCUCUUGGUCGUUUUCUUUGAGAUUGUCGGCCUGUGUUGGGUGUUUGGCGCUACCAAUAUAUACAAAAACAUGAAGGAUAUGCUGGGCUUUUACCCUUUGCGAUGGUUUUACUACUGUUGGGUCGGUUUCGCGCCCGUUAUUAUAGGCGCCAUAUUCUUAUUCUCUGUGAUAAAAUACGAGCCGUUGGUGUACGCGGACACGUAUAAAUACCCAUGGUGGGGCGAGCUUAUUGGCUGGUGUCUGGCACUAUCAUCGGUGCUUUGCAUACCAUUUUACGCCCUGUAUUUCCUAUUCAUCAAAACGGAUCAGUCGUUAACCCUCAGAGAG